AUGUCUACCACGAAGCCUACGAAUGCCGCUGCUCCUGCCAGUACCUGGCUGGGUCACAAGGGGGCAGCAGGCUUUGACUUGAGAAGUGAUACCAUGACAACACCCACGCCGGCUAUGCUCGAAGCCAUCAGGGUCGGCUCCCUGUUUGACGACGUGUUCGAGGAGGAUACGACAACGAUCGACCUCGAGACCCACGUUGCUGCCCUCGCGGGCAAGGAGGCUGGAUUGUUGGUCCUCUCUGGGACGAUGGGCAACCAGCUGGCGCUCCGGUCUCUGCUCACUCAGCCUCCACACAGCGUCUUGAGCGAUCACCGCUCUCACAUUAUCCAAUAUGAGGCGGGCGGCGUGUCAUCCUUAACGGGUGCCUUUGUUCAGGCCGUCGUGCCGCGGAACGGCAUACAUCUCACGCUCGAGGAUGUCAUGGACAGCGUUUGCAUCGACGACGAUGUGCACUCGUGCCCCACCAGGGUCAUCAGUCUCGAGAACACGCUCAACGGAAUGAUCAUGCCCCUGGAAGAGGCCAGGCGGAUUUCAACCUUUGCGCGAGAACACGAUAUUAAGAUGCAUCUCGACGGCGCACGGCUUUGGGAGGCCACCGCAUCCGGCGCUGGCAGCCUCGCUGACUACUGCUCUCUCUUCGACACGAUCAGCCUCUGCUUCUCCAAGGGCCUGGGCGCCCCCAUCGGCAGCAUCCUCGUGGGGCCGACAAAAACCAUCAAGCACGCGCGCUGGGUGCGCAAGUCCAUCGGCGGUGGCCUCCGUCAGUCGGGCGUCGUGGCGGCGCCGGCGCGGAUCGCCGUGGACCAGACGUUCGGCACGGGGCCCAACGGCGAGGGCGGCCUGCUGACGACGUCGCACGAUGUGGCGAGGAAGGUUGAGGCACUCUGGACGGGACUCGGCGGCAAAUUACUUCACCCAGUGCACACCAACAUGGUCUGGCUUGAUCUGACAGCGGCGGGAUGUUCCGCUGCCACGUUUGUGCAAUACGGGAAGGAUGUCGGCCUGAAGCUCGGCAGCGGACGAAUCGUGGUCCACUAUCAGAUUGCGCAGAACCAGGACCUCGUGCUCCCCAAGCUGGAGGAGGUGUUCCAGAGGACGCUGGCGGGGGACAAGACUGGGGCUGAGGCGAAACAACAGACAGGACGGGCGAGCAUGUAUACUGUCCAGUAA